GGCUCUGGGAGGUCGGGGGCAGGAUGGAGCAGUGAGCGGGUCUGGGCGGCUGCCGGCAGCGCCAUGGAGACGGUGCAGCUGCGGAAUCCGCCUCGCCGGCAGCUGAAAAAGUUGGAUGAAGAUAGUUUAACUAAACAACCAGAAGAAGUGUUUGAUGUCUUAGAGAAACUUGGAGAAGGGUCCUAUGGCAGCGUAUACAAAGCUAUUCAUAAAGAGACCGGUCAGGUUGUGGCUAUUAAGCAAGUUCCUGUGGAAUCAGACCUGCAGGAGAUAAUCAAAGAAAUCUCUAUAAUGCAGCAAUGUGACAGUCCUCAUGUAGUCAAAUAUUACGGCAGUUAUUUUAAGAACACAGACUUGUGGAUCGUUAUGGAGUACUGUGGGGCUGGUUCCGUAUCUGAUAUCAUUCGAUUACGAAAUAAAACAUUAACAGAAGAUGAAAUAGCUACAAUAUUACAAUCAACGCUUAAGGGCCUGGAAUACCUUCAUUUUAUGAGAAAAAUACACCGAGAUAUCAAGGCAGGAAAUAUUUUGUUAAACACCGAAGGACAUGCAAAACUUGCAGAUUUUGGGGUAGCAGGUCAGCUUACAGAUACCAUGGCCAAGCGAAAUACAGUAAUAGGAACACCAUUUUGGAUGGCUCCAGAAGUGAUUCAGGAAAUUGGGUACAACUGUGUGGCAGACAUCUGGUCAUUGGGAAUAACUGCCAUAGAAAUGGCUGAAGGGAAGCCCCCAUAUGCCGAUAUCCAUCCAAUGAGGGCAAUCUUUAUGAUUCCUACCAACCCUCCUCCCACAUUCCGAAAGCCAGAACUGUGGUCAGAUAACUUCAUGGAUUUUGUGAAGCAGUGUCUUGUAAAGAGCCCUGAGCAGAGAGCCACAGCCACUCAACUCCUACAGCACCCAUUUGUCAAGAGUGCCAAAGGAGUGUCUAUACUGCGGGACUUAAUUAACGAAGCAAUGGAUGUGAAAUUGAAACGCCAGGAAGCCCAGCAGCGGGAAGUGGACCAGGAGGAUGAAGAAAACUCAGAGGAGGAUGAGUUGGAUUCUGGCACGAUGGUUCGCGCAGCGGGUGACGAGCUGGGCACCGUCCGCGUGGCCAGCACCAUGAGCGAUGGAGCCAGUACUAUGAUUGAGCACGGUGACACAUUGCCGUCCCAGCUGGGCACCAUGGUGAUCAAUGCAGAGGAUGAGGAAGAGGAAGGGACGAUGAAAAGAAGGGAUGAGACCAUGCAGCCUGCAAAACCAUCAUUUCUUGAAUACUUUGAACAAAAAGAAAAGGAGAAUCAGAUCAAUAGUUUUGGCAAGAGUGUACCCGGCCCACUGAAGAACUCCUCAGACUGGAAAGUACCACAGGACGGAGACUAUGAGUUUCUUAAGAGUUGGACAGUGGAGGACCUUCGGAAGAGGCUCUCGGCCCUCGACCCCAUGAUGGAGCAGGAGAUUGAAGAGAUCCGGCAGAAGUACCAGUCAAAGCGGCAGCCCAUCCUGGAUGCCAUUGAGGCUAAGAAGCGGCGGCAGCAGAACUUCUGAGCAAGGCCAGCCCGGGGGCCCCGCUCCCACUCGGCCUUCGGGAGCCGGGCCCGCCUGCUGCUCCAGCUUGUUCGCCACCACUGUGCGGUCACUGUGCCGCCUCUCCCUCCACAGCACCUCUGAACUCAGGAACGUGUGCCAGUGGGAAGGGCCGCCUCGCCGGUCAGCGAGCGAGCCGUCUUGGUGUGUGUGUGUCUCAAUUGGGCAGGUUUAUUAUUUCAAAGGGUUUAUAUGGGCGCUUUUAAACUCAGAGUUUUAAACCCCAGGAACAGAGACUCCUAGUCAAGUGAUAGCUGGGAAAGUUUUACAUUGUCUUUUGUUUUUCUUCUCCCAAUAGCUUUCAAUUGUUCUUUCUGGAAGACUUUUUUAAAAAGUAUAAAUAUGCAUAUAUAUGUAAAUUAUAACUAGAUUCCCCACUCAGUGUGGUGGCAUCUCUGUACAGGUACAAUUCUAAGCAGUUUGCCUCUUUUCUGUAAGAUUAUGGUACUGUGGAACACGAGGGCAGGGCACCCCGGGUGCUGUUGGGGUCACUGCACUCCCAGGAGCCAACCUCACCCUUUUGCAGGGCUGCAUUUAAAAAUUAGGUUCGGGCCAGUUUUCAACACACUUUCGGCCUUAUGUGGGUCAUCCCUGGCUCCUGGAGCUAUUGGUGACGUCCAAGGGAAAGCCUUGAGAGUCAUGUUUACUUUUUGAGUCCCAGGAGGAGCCUAACGCCUUCUUUGCAAAUUGGCCUUUGUGGUCUCAGCGCCUUUUGUCCACCUCUGCUCUCCCAACUGCCUGAAGUCGCAGCACAGAUACUGCCCAGUGCCUUAAGAGGAGAUGUGACCCGGUGAGGGGCAGGCCUACCAGGAACUCCCAGCAAAUGUGGGGCUGUGUUCAGUCCACAAAAGGGGAAGGGUUUUUGAGGUUCUCUUUCAUGUGAAGAUCACACAUGUGGCAUUUUGCUCUGCAUUCUUUACAGACGGGUAGAGGGCAUUGAUUUUGUGAUACAUAUUCAAAUAUGUGACUUUUAUUUUACCACUAAGGGGUCUGGAAUGGAUAGUGAAUAUCAGACUAAGAUUUCUUCCCCAGGAGGCUCAACUCAGACAUGUGGAAUGCCAGAGCUGGAAGGGACCCUGGCCAUCACCUGGUCUGGCUGAGGCUUGGAGAGGGCAAGUGACAUGGUCAAAAUCACAAAGCAGGUGAAAGUGGGAGCUGGGACUAGACCUCAGGCUCCUCACUCCCGGUUCAUUGGAACAAGCAGCCCUUCUCCAAGGGAGGAGACCUGUGUCAGUUUUGGUUAAGUUGUUCCAGGGAAGCCUGCUAAUGGGAACUUGCUCUUGCCUUGUCCCUUCAGUGGGUGAGGCUGUGAAGAGAUUCCAGGGGAGCCAGGUCACCCUGUGUCAGCCAGUCCAUGGCCUCUGCACCAUCUGCCAGAUAGCAGACAAGACUCGUGCAGGCAGAUUUAGGGCCAAAAGCAGAGCAGAGGGCUCGCAGAAGACAGCCCUGAGCCCUUCUGCAGCAUUGGCUCAAGGCCACCUGUCAUUUAGUCACACAGCAAAGAGGAGAGAGUUGGAAAAGGCAAAUGUGUUUUUAUUUUCAAAUAUCUCUUCCUCUCAGACAGGGAGCUGUGACUAGGUUGCACCUAAGGACAUUGCAAUUUGACCCCAUAAUUGUUUUUGCUUCCCAAACCAGGGAAUCAGUGGAAAGGCAGGGAAUGUUUCUCUUCUGGGGCCAGAUUCUAUUCUUUGUAAUUAAAGCAAGUUUUAACAAAUACAAGAGGCAGUUGUAGGUCUAUAGGGCUUAGUCAGUUAAGCAGCUAUAUGGCAAAUACAGAGAAUAGAGGACAGUUUGAGGGUCCUACUGGAAUAAUCAAUGGCAGUGAGCAUUCAUUGACCACUUAUGAUGUGCCAGGCACAGAGCUCAGUAGGCUCUUUCUCUCAGCUCUAAACUUCACAGUAACUGUGGGCUAAGUACUUUAUCUCCAUUUCAUGGAUGAAGAAACAGGUUCAGAGAAGGCAGUACAGCUAGUAAGUGGUAGAACCAGGAUUCAUAGCAUCACCAUAUGGGACCAGCAUUUUAUAGGGGCAAGUCUUUUUUAAAUGAAGUGACCACCUUUUCUCACAGACUAAAAUGCUCUUAAUGGGCAUUUUUAAGUUGGGAAACAGCUGAAUUAGUAGUCAAGUCUGACAGCCAACUGAGUUGUAAAAAUCAAAGCAUGGAGCAGGCACUACCUGCACCAUCUGCUGUGCUGAUUAACAGUCCUGCCUCAGUCUCUUUUUAAAAAAGGACUUCGCACUUGGCCAGACAGGAGGGCUAUGCCCAUUUUCUGCCUUCCUAAGCUAGACCUAGGUAAACUUAAAGAAGGUUCAGUUUUUCCCCAUAAAUAUUCUUGAAUCUUGAUCUAGAGUUUAUUUUGUUUCAAACAUGUGUACACCCAACAUGCUGGUCCAACAAAGUACAUUGCUCUUCAGUCUAGCUGGACAGAGUCCUUUGCCAGAAAUCAAUUUCUUUUGGAUCACAUUACUUCCUGACCAGGUGUAUAUGUUUUCUAGUGACAGGAAGGCAGAGAAGCAAAUCUUAGCCAUGUUUUCCCUUGAAAACUAAAUUCAGGAUAGAUCAGUCUGCUUUCAUUGGGCCCUGAGUGGCAGCCAUUUCUUGAGCAUUUGUGACUCAAGCUUCCAGGGAACUCUUAGCCCCUCACUUGUUUUCUCCUUCUAAGAAACGAUGACCCACACCUAAUUGUUUCUUUUUAAAAAUCUCCAAUUCUCUAAGAAUAUCUUAAUUGCUUCCUCAUCAGUAAUUUUGAAGCAAACUUCUAUUUUUCUUUUUCCAUUAUCCCUUCUCCCAACCAUUGGAUUGAUGGAUAAAUGUUUGGAUGGAUGAAUGAUUGAUUGAUUAAUUGAUUGAUUGAUAGACAGACCAACUCACCCAAUACUCUGAAGCAACUUAAGAACCAUAGCCUUAACUCCUUGAGACUAUAGAUUCUGAUCCAGGUAACAUUUACUUAGCAUCUAGCAGAUGCCAGAAAUUAAUUUUACUGUUUAAAACUCAAUAGCUUGUACCAGUAUCAGGAAUGAGAGUUGUCCUUAAAGGCCCUAAGAUAUUAAAAGGCUAAUAUUAUGAACAACUUUAUGCUAAUAAAUUCAGUAAUUUUAAUGAAAUGGUCAAAUUAAUUGAAAGAUACAAAGCACUAAACUCACUCAAGAAGAAAUAGAUCAUCUGAAUAGCCCUAUCUCUAUUAAAACAUAAUAGCUCUAGGAGAUCAGGUAUUAUUGUUCUCUUUUACAGAUAAGGAAACUGAGGCUCAGAGAGAGAAAGUCUGUUGCUCAAGGUCAUGUAGUUAGAAUGUGGCGGAACCAGGAUUCAAAUUCAGUUCUCUGAUUCUUACUCCAGUGCCCUUUCUAGCAUACCAUGUUGCCUCUAAAGAUUGCAGCUCCUUAUUUACUGGAAAAUUGUUCCUGCCCAGUCCACACCCUCCCACCCCAUCCUUUCUUAAGCACCAUGUUUGUGUUUUUAUCAGGAUUGUAUUCAUUGUCUUUGGAAUUCAUGUUCUUAUUUGUGUUUGGAAAAAAAGAAUUUCUUCCACCAGCCUGCACUCAGACCAACUUGGAAAAAAAAAGCAUAAAUGAUGUUGCAGAUGUACAACUUUAAAAAUGUGAAGUUUGUAGCUUUAACUUUUGUAACAAAAACUAAUAACACUGGCUUAAGUGCUGACUUGAAAUGCUGUUUUAUAAGGUUUGGAUGUAAAUAAUCCGUCAAAGUCAGCAGUUUGUAUAUGUAUGAGACAGCUUCCUUCAUUGCCUCUUGUUUUGUAAUUUGAGAUGCUUCCUGUGUGCUUUUAUGUUGGAAUUGUCUUCCCUCCUUCCUUCUUCCUACACUUUUGUUUUAAAUAAACUGUCCUUCAGACCACA